UCAAUGUAGACCAUGCGAUUUAUUUAGUUUUACUUCGGCUUUCGUUAGUUACACAUAUAACAAAUAUUGGAAAUCCUUUUUAAUUUCUUUUUCUUUUCGUGUGUCUGGUUUUCGUAUUUAUGUGUCUCUUCUCCUAGAUAAUGCCAGACGCAACAUUCAACGGACGAUGAACAGCAGUUACCACUCCCUAUCGGAGGUGGCCUCAAUGGCCGGUUCCCUGGCCGCGAGUACCGGGAGCCAGCUAUAUAGUAGCCUGAUGAGCCUGAAGGCACAGGUAAUACCGUCCGCCAAUGAGCCAAUAUCGCCGGCGCCAUCCGCAUCAGAAUUGGGCACGUCGACGAUACCGUCGAGCUCACAGCAGAUACGACUGAUUAGUGUGGUAUGUGGCUUUCCCAAAGACAUCGGCAUGUAUCCAGACUUUGCGCGAGGACAGUUUGGCGAGGACGCUUGGUUUAGGACCUCCACAUCCAAGGCGGACGCAUUGGGCGUGGCCGAUGGCGUUGGCGGCUGGCGUGUCUACGGCAUCGAUCCGGGCCAGUUCAGCCGUUUCCUGAUGCGCUCCUGUGAACGUCUGGCCCACAGCGCUGACUUUGAGUCGACGAGACCCGAGCAGCUACUUGCACGCGCCUACUGCAAUCUACUGGAGCAGAAGCAACCGAUCCUGGGCAGCUGCACCGCCUGUGUGCUUACCCUGCACCGCGACAGCGGCAUACUCUAUGCGGCGAACAUUGGAGACAGUGGCCUUCUGGUCAUACGCAACGGUGCCAUUGUCUGCCGCUCCUUGGAACAGCAGCAUCAUUUCAAUACGCCCUACCAGCUGGCCGUACCGCCACCCGGACAAGGCCUCAAUGUACUGACCGAUGGGCCGGAGUGUGCCGCACUGCUGGAGUUUGAUAUGCAAAUUGGGGAUAUACUCAUAUUGGCCACCGAUGGCGUCUACGACAAUGUGUCCGAAGACCUGCUGCUGCAGGUGCUCACCCAUGCCUCCGGUGUCACAGAUCCCGUCAAGCUACAGAUGUUUGCCAAUUCGGUGGCUCUGAUGGCCCGUUCGCUCAGCUUCAAUCCCAACCACGAGUCGCCAUUCACCCAGAAUGCCAGACGCCACAACAUCGAUGCGCCUGGCGGCAAGCCCGAUGACAUCACCGUCGUCCUGGCGAGCGUUGUUUAGAAUAGAUGCCCACGAUGAUUAUGAAUAUACAGUCAGUACAGUUAUUCACAGAAGGCCCCUUAACAAUCCCACCUGCGCAAUCACUGGCAGCUGUGCACAGCUCUCCAGGAUUCCAGUUCAGUUGUGGGCAAUUGCCAGUGAAUGCUGCCGGGCGAGCCGAAUUGGCAACUCAAGCAGUCCUGGGCCACACGGAUCAGGAGACGGCAUCAUUAUAUAUAUAAAUAUAUAUAUAUAUAUAUAUAUAUAUAGAGUAUAACAACCUAAUCCGAAUGGGACUAAUUAAUAUAUCCAUAUAUAUAUAUAUAUUAAAAAAUAUAUAUAUGCAUAUAUGUUUAUAUAGAGUGGGGAACAGAUAGGAAUCCAGCUGCUUAUCGCUGCUGAAGCAUUGCCCUCAAAAUACGUGGACAACAUUCUGAGUAUUUAUAUUAUUCAUAACACAUAGACCUUAACUAAUCUCUAUCAACACAUCUCUCCCACCAACCCCAACACACUUUCAGAAUCUUCUAAUUGCAAAAUUAAGUCGAGUGUUUUAUUAAUUUCUGGCAUAAUGAUAUUAAAAUGUUCUAUUGUGCUAGACAA